CCCGUCCCCGCCGCCUUCGCUCCCCCCCGCAUCUCCGCCGGCUGUGUAAAUCCAGGCGGGCUGGGCCAGGGGAGGGAUGGGAAGGUCACGAGCAGGCGAGACCGGGGGAGCAGCCGCCGCCGCCGCCGCUUCUUGGGGACGCUUCCUACUUGAGCUGCGAGGAGGCCGCCUGCGCCAGCUUAUGGCAGGAGUCCUGCCGCGCUGAAAGCGGCGCUCGGCGCGUAAGGAGCCCGGAGGCGGCGAGCGAGCGAGGAGGCCGAGCGAGAGCUUUUUCUCCCGCGGAGCCCCAGGCGGGGAGCCGGCAUGCCGGCUGGCUUGCAGAGGUGAGGCGAGGCGAGGUGAGGACCCGCCCGGGGCUGCUGGGUGCUGGGCCGGCCGGCCGGUCCCCUCGCGCAUCCACGCGCGCGCUCCCUGGCUCCGUCCCAUGCAGAGCCGCGCGCGGGCGGGCAGGCGAAGAUGGCCCCGUCUGUGAUCCAAGCGUGCCGCAGCCUGGCUCUCUCAACAUGGCUGCUUUCCUUUUGUUUCGUGCAUCUGCUCUGCUUGGAUUUCACCGUGGCCGAGAAGGAGGAGUGGUACACGGCCUUCGUGAACAUCACCUACCCCGAGCCCGGCGGCGGCGGCGGCGCCGGCGAGGUGCGCAGCGAGAAGAGCGAGUGCGGCCGCUACGGGGAACACUCGCCCAAGCAGGAUGCCCGGGGGCAGGUGGUGAUGACCGCCUCGGCCGCCGACCGGCAAGCCUGCGACCCCAACGCCAGGUUCGCCGCGCCGCGCCCGGGCAAGAGCUGGAUCGCGCUCAUCCCCAAAGGCAACUGCACCUUCAAGGAUAAGAUCCGCCACGCCGCCGCCCAGAACGCCUCGGCCGUGGUCAUCUACAACGUGGGCUCCAGCAACGCCAACGAGACCAUCACCAUGCCGCACGCAGGGGCCUGGGAGACAUGAGAAGGGAACCUUCAC